AUGGACGGGAAUGGAUAUUUCAACGACGAGACGGUCGUCUUCACUGUCUUCGGGGUCAUCACGCUCGUCGUCGCUUUCCUAGCACUUCUCCUCCGGUUCUUUCUGCAGUCUUUCACCCAACGUUACCUCGCUUACUUAGAUAGCUUCUGCGUUGGACUGGCCUGGCUCCUCAGUCUAAUCGGUAUUAUCUGCGCGGUAGCUGAGAACACUACCAAUCACCUUGAGUACCCCCCCGAGAUUGACAAGUUCGUCCAGUCUCUCUUCGCCCUCUCUGCCAUCUUGGGUAAGCUGUCGAUCUGUCUCUCCGUAUGGCCCCUCGUCAAAGAUGUAAAGUAUGUGAGCGUCGUCGUGGUCUUCCAAAUCGCAAUGCUUUUCACAGUGUAUCCCCUAUGGAUCAUGGUCAUACCCGCGACAUGCGGCGCGUCGGCGUGGUACCCCAUGCUCGCCCCCUAUGCUCAGUGCUCGGAUAUUAUCAUCCGGGCGAUCUUCGACUGGCUCCUAUCUUUCUUUGAAGUGUUCACGCCGAUCAUCCUUACGGGCUUCCCGAUUGAGAUGGCUCAGGAUACCAACACCGAGGCUUCUAUGCGAAAGCCGUUUGUCGGGCUUUCGAUCGCUUCUGCUAUCAUGGGCGCAUUCAUGUGGUCACGGGCAUGGAUGUCCCACUGGUUCCGUUACGACACUCACUUUGUGCCUUUGAUUGGCAUUACGACUAUCGCUCAAAAUUACCACCAGCUGCUCAACCCGCAAGACCUCAACCCGCAAGACCUCAACCCGCAAGACCUCAACCCGCAAGACCUCAACCCGCAAGACCUCAACCCGCAAGACCUCAACCCGCAAGACCCCAACGUAGGAAUUUGCCAGCAGCACGUGAUGGCUUGGAGUGGAUUCCUUUGGAGGUUAUGCCAAGAGCACACACGCACGAAGCGUAAGAAGGCGGCAAUUUUUGCACCACCUUAUAAGGAGAAAAGGUGGAUAGGAUGCGAUAAGUUGUAG